AUGGCCGAGAGAAACGCAGGCAAUCAGCUGGCUCCAAUCGAUAUUCAUGACUCUGACUCUGAAGACGACGUCGUAGAAAUCAUUACUCCUGGUGCAUCUCUCAACAUCGAUACUCUUUCUGCUGGAAUUCGAUAUCGCACCGAUGCCCUUCUUAUUCAGGCCGCAGGAGAGGCUCUUGGUGAACCCUGCUCCGCCUAUCGCGACCGUAGUUCCACACGUCCCUCUCCUUGCUGUAUCGUUUUGAUGGGUAUUUCCAAGGUGUCUGCGGAAAUUGCCGCUGGUGAAAUUCGCGGAGUGGUUGUGGAAACCCGUAUCGAUAUGACGGCGAUCUCAUACAGAUUUCCGACUCCGACUCUCCUCUGCCACAACGCGCUCUCCACCUGA